GAUGUGAAGGAGAACAAUGGAAAACAAACGCUACAUGAUUUUGACAUUCUCCAUUUUCAUGGACUUCACACUUGGUGAAGUUGCGCCUGGUAUCUAUGGCCAGGUUAAUGGAAACAUCACCCUAAAACCAAAUGCCAAGAGCCGCUUUGAUGAAAUUAUUUGGACACACAACAACAAUCUAGUGGUUGAAUUUGAGAAGAAUAAAAUAACUGAGUAUGGCCAGUUCAAAGAACGGAUAAUCCUGAAUCAUAUAACUGGACACCUCACAAUCACAAACCUAAUCACAAGAGACAGUGGAGAGUACAGGGCAGACUUGAUGUCAGCUGGAGUUUUUGAGCCCUUUAUUCAGACAGUUGAAAUUUUGGAUACCCUAACAAAACCAAAAGUGACCUGCCAUGUGAAUGGUACCAUGGUGACACUGCUGUGUGCAGGAGACCUCAGCCCCGUUACUCAGUACAGUUGGGAGGGGCCCGAAGCACAGAACCAGUCAGGGCCUGAGCUGCAGCUCCAGAGAAAGGAGAGCUCUGAUUCGGUCUACACCUGUGUGCUGAGCAACCCAGUGAGCCAGAGCAGCGAGAAGUUUAAUAUUCAGAGCUGCUUCCCUGCAGGAGAUGAAGAAGAUGACUCAGUCCCUGUCGUUGCAAUCGUUGUUUGUCUCCUCCUCCUCCUCCUCCUCCUCAUUUUGGGGCUGCUUUUUAUGUACCGGAAGAAAUACUGGUCAGUGGGAAGAGGGAAAAGAGGAAAAGAGGAAAACCCUGAAGCACCACCUGAAGAUGAGUCAGCACAACUAAUCAGUCAAAAACAUGAGAACCAGCAGAGUCCUGUGCAAGGAAAUGUCAGGGACAAAGUUACUAUGUUUAAUGACAUGUCCAAAGGGUUGUUAAGCCCAAAUAAACCCUCUCAUGAGAAUGAGCGGACACCACUGAAAGCACGGGACAGCAUGACUAAGGAGACAGUGGGACUCUCUCAGGAAGAGAGUCAGGCAGGGGAGUGGAGAGGAGCAGGAUCACUUAUCCAGGAUGAAGGUUUUCAGGAAAUACAUCUACAAAAGGAGAGGGAGAGGUCGCCACUGAAAUCUCCUAAACACAGUGCUCCCAGCACUCUCCAGGGCAGUGUUUCUGCUACUCCACAUGCUACUCCACCUGAGACAGGGAAGGGAGGUGUCAGUGAUGAUCAGAGCUCCCAGCACAGUGAGGUAAAAGCAGGAGAGAGAGGAGACAAAGAGGACCCAGCACAGCACGCCCCCGCAGACACGGAAGAGAAUGAGACAGGAAGACACCCCAUCAGCGGGACGAUGGGAGAGACCACAGGGCAGUUGGUGGAUUUAAUGAGUCCCCCACCAAAACCCCCAAGAGCCCAUUCUGACUCUGAGCCCUCAGACCAAAGUGCAGAAAAGCCCUUUUCCCAGAAUCCUCAGGACAGACAGAGUCAGGAAAGCUCACCUGGUCCUUUAUCACAUGACCCAGAGCAUCAUUCUCAGGGUGUUGCAUCAAGCGCCCGUCCCCGUGUGGCAGAUGACAAUGAAAAGAGCCUAAAUAGAGAUGGGAAUGAAAAAUAUUCACACAGCUUCACAUCAACUCCAAUACGAAAUACAUUGGGCCAGGAGGGAGGAGCAGCAGGAGCAGGAGAUGGAGAACAUGAGAAAUCAGAAAGCUUCAUCACUGUUCCAUCCAGCCCGUUAAAUACUGAUGACAGCGCAGAGACAAAGGAAGAGUCUACAGGCCACCAAUCCAAUCAACAGGAGAAUCUGCAGGCAAAUAGAAAUGACCAGCUCCCACAGAACGGCUCUCCAUCUUGUGAUUCUUCCUCAGAAGAUUCAAAGGAGUCCACCAAGUUACCGAAUGGGGAAAGAAAUAAAGAAUCGGAAUCGGAUAAACCGGGAGAACAGAGCAGGAAUCAGACACUGAGCACCACUAAAGAGACUGAGAGCCAGAGAAACACUACAGCAGAAACGCCUGACACAAAGGGAGACACUGGAGAAGAUAAUGAGAAUAAAUCUCCUGAAGAGGGAGAUGAUCCAGAGAGAACGCCAGCACCAGGAAGCAAGACAACAGAAAACAACUCUGUGGGAGAGGAAGAAGAAAACCAAAACGAAGCUCAACCUCUACAGAGCCCAUCUGCAGAUGGUUAUGUCAGGAACAAAGUUACUAUGUUUAAUGACAUGUUCAAAGAGUCCCAAAUAAUCCCAAAUAAACCCUCUCACGAAGUUGGAAGGUCACCAUUGAAAGCACAGGACAGCAUGACUGUUGAGAGUGAGGAAGUCUCUCAGAAAGAGAGACAGGCAGGGCCACUCACCCAGGAUGGAGGUAUUUCUUCACCUGGAACUGAUGCUGGGCAGGAUGGUGUCAGUGCACCCCAGCACAACGAGGCAGGAGGAGAUCGCCAGAUGGACCCAACACCAGAUACAAACAAACAACACACAGGAGGAAAGAUGGCCACACAACAGGAAACCCCUGCAGGGAAUGCAGAUGCAGCAUAUGAACACCCUAAAGAGAACAUGACCACACCACCUGAAGUCCCAAAAGAGAAAGCAUCACAGGGAGACACUACAGGGAACAGAGACGCAUCACAGGGAGACACUACAAGGAACAGAGACACAUCACAGGGAGACACUAAAGGGAACAGAGACGCAUCACAGGGAGACACUACAGGGAACAGAGACGCAUCACAGGGAGACACUACAAGGAACAGAGACACAUCACAGGGAGACACUAAAGGGAACAGAGACGCAUCACAGGGAGACACUACAGGGAACAGAGACGCAUCACAGGGAGACACUAAUGGGAACAGAGACGCAUCACAGGAAGACGCUAAUGGGAACAGAGACGCAUCACAGGGAGACACUAAUGGGAACAGAGACGCAUCACAGGGAGACACUACAGGGAACAGAGACACAUCACAGGGAGACACUACAGGGAACAGAGACGCAUCACAGGGAGACACUAAUGGGAACAGAGACGCAUCACAGGGAGACACUACAGGGAACAGAGACGCAUAACAGGGAGACACUAAUGGGAACAGAGACGCAUCACAGGGAGACACUACAGGGAACAGAGACACAUCACAGGGAGACACUACAGGGAACAGAGACGCAUCACAGGGAGACACUAAAGGGAACAGAGACGCAUCACAGGGAGACACUAAAGGGUACAGGCCCACGUCACAUGAAGACCCUAAAAAGAACAAGCCCGUAUCACAGGAAGAACCUAAAAAGUGUUCCCUUCAGUGAGACCUUGGAGGGCAGGGACAGUGAUGAGCAGGGAGCACUGCAGAAUGAGAGAGGAGGAGGAAAAAAGAAGACCAACAUGCCAAACACAGACCACCAGUGCAGUGACACAGUAGGGUGGCAUAGAAAACAUCCUCACUCCCCCACACAGCCCAUCUCCUCUUCACCAUUCCCCAGAUUGAUUGCCCAGGAUUGCCCACCAUUCCCUUCCUGAUUGCCCAGGAAGGGGAAUCAGAAGCAGCAGGAGACAGAGACAAGAGGAAAGGUGUGGAACCAUAAAGAAGAAACCACACACCAGACUCAGAGUCUGUGUACAUAUAAGCCUUUAUAACAAUCUCAGCCAUAUAUUGUACUUGAGACCAGAAUCUCAUUACAUUCACAAUUACCCUGUGUGCUGUUUCAUGGUUUUUUUACAAGCUUCAUUUCACUUUCAUUCCUGAACCGGCCCAAACAAAAUGUGCAUAAUUUGUGUAAUGUGAUAAUAGAGCAAUAUUUGGCGUCUCAGCUUAUUGUACUUUUACCCGCUGUGUUUGUACCCACUAUUCUCAGCUACACUAAUUGAUGCCUUGACUGAUACCAUUAAUGAGUGAGUCUAUUGUGAAGAGAUGUAAUGUGUUAAGAUAUCCAAACAUAGAUUCAGUGCCUGAGGAAGGACAGGAUUGAUUUUCAUUAUUUUAAUGUGUGUGUGUGUGUUUUCAAGCAACUGUCAUAUGAUGACUUGUAUGUCUGUUUGUGUGUUUGUUCAUGAAAAGAUGGACUAUGGAACUUUGAUACAUAAAUGUAUAUCUAAUUAUGUGGCCUUUAUUGCUUUAAAUCAACAGAAGGUGUGAUCAAAGUUCAAGAGUUGCAGCAAAUUAUAUUGGAGAAUAUGGCAAUAAAAACAUGGCUGCACCUUUACAAGGUGUGCCAGAAAUAUCCCCUGGCAUUCAUUUAUUCAUAAGCCUGGUGAGUGAGGUUAAAAUAAAAAAGUGCAUCAUCUAGCGUUCAUACAAAGGAAG